AUGUAUCAAGCUAAACCAAACCGAUUGGAUCUAAGUAAAUUGAAGUUAAAAGCUGCACUGUAUGAGCAAUCUCGUACUUCGUAUAAAGGCGAUAUGCAACACAAUAAGAUGUAUGCUCAGUCAAGCAGCGCAAAAUCAGAUUCUGAAUUUACAGAAAGGGAGAUUCUGGAUGAGCUUUUAUUGUGA